GGUUUGAAGCUCGAGCGGGCUCCCGCGGUUGGGAGCCUUCGAGCUUGUGGUUCAGGUUGUGACUUGGAUGUGGACGCGAAUUCGGACACAGCUCGAUACUGCCCUGAAACUUCUUCGGAGCCCAUCAGGGGCGUUCUAGGCAUAGUGCCGGACGUGCAGCCUUGGAGACACUGUCCUGUCCGAGUAUUUGUUCCGCAGAGGGUCGUACAUCUCGUCGUUAUGCUUGCUGCGUUUUUCUGGCGAAUCUGGGCAGAAUGUCUCGAUGCGUCGCGGGCCUGCGCGAAGUACGUCGCUGCAGAUGCUGUGUCUACGUGCGGUCUCGUUGACGGCCCGGUGUGCUGGGCGGUCUCCCGCAUAAGUCUUGUACAAUUCAGGUCUAAGGCAUGCCCCCCCUUUCGCAAACACUUCUGCGCGCCUCCAGCCCGUGCAGACUAUUUGGCGAGCGUUCUGAUGAGGCUCGCUACGCACGCCUUCCGCGAAGAACCGUUGCCGUUACUCACCACUGGCAAGAUCAGCUGUGCAGGAUCAUUACGUAUCUCUGUCCUUCCUUGUCUUGUCUCCGAGUCGGUGGAAUGUCGCGAGUCCGAGACGAUCCCCGUCGGGCUGCGAUUCUUCGCUCAGAUGUGGCCUCGUUCCUCCGGCCGCCUUCCCGGGCUUCGUCAAUUAAGACGCUAUUAUCGAUUGCCUCUGGACGUUCUAUGCCGACUGGAGGCGGAUGGUGGCCCAUCACGCGAGCUACUUCAGCAUCCGGACGUGUGCAUCAUCUCGAGGACGUCCAGAUCUGUUCCCGCGUGUUCGGCGACUCGGACGUCGCCCAUGGAGAAGCGUGCGACUCUCAGGCAUUCCCAUCCUGUUGGGACACUGCUCUCGACUUUGACGAAGACCGCAGUGUCUGCAUGGCGCUCGAGUCGACGUGGUGGCUUGCAUGAUGCGUCAUGGGGCUCGCUGAUCUGAACGGAGGGCCACUAGUGCACGGCCUUCGACGCAGCAUCUCUGCAUCUCGUCAUCCGGAUGGCCACCGGGCUAGUGGCGCACCACCCUAUUCUAAUCUCACAGGCAUCUGUGUUUCCCACCAAUAUAUGUAGACAUUACCGAGAAGUGCAGCU